GGUCAAAGGUCAUCGCGCGUCCGGGAUGCUGACGCCAUAGAUUUACUCCGCCUGCUCCAGCCUAGAGUUUCUUUCUCCAGCCCACACCACAAGCCGCUAGCUUGGCACACCUACAACAACAGCUGCCUGUGUCAUGAGGACUUCAUCCCACCAAGUUUACCAACUGGUUCAGUUGCUUUAACCUUAAGCUUGUUCUGAAGAAGCCGAAAGUUAGUAGAGUGCAGAGAUUUGUGGUGUUAGUGCCACGUCAGGGAUUUUGUUUGGGGUGUAAAACUUGGUAGCGUUGUUUGGUCCACAGUGGUGCUAGGCCGUCCCGGGACCUGGCCUGUACCAUGCCGCCUGCUAUCGUCGUCCUUGCCCUUUUCACAGCCGCCCUUUGUGCGGUAAACUUGCGGACUGUAGCCGCGGACGGCCCGAGGAUAUACAGGAACGAAUGGGCCCUUCACGUGGAGGGCGGGACUGCGGCGGCGGACCGGCUAGCCUUCAAGCACGGAUUCGUCAACAAAGGACAGAUCGGAUCUUUGGAGGACCACUACUUGUUUGUACACAGGAGGACGUGGAAGCGCUCACUGCGGUCCAGCAGCCACAGACAUGCUUUGUUACAGAGGGAACCAGAGGUGAGAUGGUUACAGCAACAAGUUGUGAAGAGAAGAGUAAAGAGGAGAGUGAAGAGGGUUUACAGCAUGUACCCAUGGGAGCAGAGAGUCCAACACAGCAGCCCCCAGGUGGACAACCCUGCCCAGCAAGACAACCACUGGGACCCACACUUUAAUGAUGAAAAAUGGGACAAGAUGUGGUACCUGCACUGUGACCGCCCUGACUUUGCGUGUCAGUCCUCUGACAUGAACGUGGAGGCAGCCUGGAAGAAGGGGUACACAGGGAAGGGUGUCGUGGUCUCUAUUCUGGAUGAUGGGAUUGAAACGGAUCAUCCUGACCUGGCUGGUAACUAUGAUCCAGAUGCUAGUAGUGACAUUAAUGGUGGUACCCUGGACCCAACCCCCAGAUAUGAGUAUACCAAUGAGAAUAGACAUGGUACCAGAUGUGCAGGAGAGGUUGCAGCUAUGGGAAACAAUAGCUUCUGUAGUGUCGGUGUGGCCUACAAAGCAAGCAUAGGUGGUGUGAGGAUGUUGGAUGGAGAUGUGACAGACUCGGUGGAGGCAGCCUCUCUUGGUCUCAACCCUCAGCACAUCAUGAUCUACAGUGCCUCCUGGGGACCCGACGAUGAUGGCAAAACUGUGGACGGGCCUGCUAAUCUGGCCAAAAAAACAUUUCAAGCAGGGGCCAAAAAUGGUAGGGACGGGUUGGGUUCCAUCUUCGUUUGGGCAUCAGGCAAUGGUGGCCGCACACACGACAGCUGUGGCUGCGAUGGCUACACCAACAGCAUCUACACCAUAUCAGUCAGCAGUGCAUCUGAACAAGGCAAGGUGCCGUGGUACCUGGAACCAUGUGCCUCUACCCUAGCCACAACAUACAGCAGUGGUGCACCACAUGAAAGGAAAGUGAUCACCACAGACCUGAGGAAAGGUUGUACUGAGUCACACACAGGAACGUCCGCCUCUGCACCAAUGGCUGCUGGGAUAUGUGCCCUCGCACUGGAGGCAAAUCCCAUGCUCACAUGGAGAGAUUUGCAGUACAUCGUGGUGAUGGCAGCAAACCCCACUCCUCUGGACAAGGCCACGGAGUCAGCAUACGCCCGCGACCCCCGGAAGGAGAGUGACUUUAUUACCAAUGGAGCCGGGCUGCGUGUCAGCCACAACUUCGGCUUCGGCCUGAUGGAUGCUGGGAAGAUGGUAGAACUUGCGGAAAGUUGGAGGAAAGUCCCAGAACAACAUGUUUGUGAAGAAGACCCAAAUGCACAACAAAGGGCAAUAACAAGGGGUGAGACCAUCAUCGACACCAAAACCACAGGAGGCUGUAAUGGAACAGAUCACCAUGUGAAGUACCUGGAACAUGUUGUGGUAGAGAUCUCCCUGGACCACCCCUGUCGAGGCCACCUGUCCAUCCACAUUACAUCACCAUCUGGUACAAGGUCCACACUGCUGCCUGAGAGGCAAUUUGACUCCUCUUCAGAUGGCUUGAAGGACUGGGCUUUCAUGACAACUCACUGCUGGGGAGAACAGCCAGAUGGAGACUGGAUUCUGGAAGUCAAAGAUCUGGGGCAACAGAAUUGCCAAAGAUAUGGCCUCCGCACUGUGCUGCCUGUUCUGAGGAAGUGGAAGCUUAUCCUGUACGGCACUGCAGAACAUCCGCUGUACAAACGUGAUGAGGAGUCCAGACCUCACACACCACAGACCCGCGAGGAGCCAACAGAUGAAGAAGAAUGUGAGGAGGGAUACUAUUAUGACCGGGACAGGCAGCACUGUCGUCGCUGCCAUGACUCAUGUGCCACUUGUCACGGCAGACACAGCAAGCAGUGCUUGUCAUGCCACGAAGGGGACUACUUUGUGGAGGAUGAGGGAACUUGUUCAGAGGAAUGCGGACAAGGCUAUUACAAGGAUGAGGAGGAGCGAAAGUGCCUGGACUGUAGUGCAGACUGUCUGACUUGUGAGGUCAGUGCUGACCACUGUACCAGCUGUGAUGAGGAGGACGGCCUCAAGCUGUUUGAGAACACCUGUGUGGCGCAGUGCUCCGAGGGCAGGUACAUGGACGAGAAUGACGUUUGUCAAGACUGCGAUGACUCUUGUGAAACCUGCACAGGUCCUGAUGCCACUGACUGUGUGACAUGUGCAGAUGAGGACCUCCUGCAGGAGUCCCAGUGUGUGGAAAGUUGUUCAUCAGGCUAUUUCCAGCAGGAGUAUGAAUGUCUCAAGUGCCAUGCCACCUGUGCAUCGUGCUCAGGGUCGAGAGAUGACCAGUGUCUCACCUGCUCAGGACAUCUGGAGUUGGAUGAGGACACACACAGGUGCAUCACUUCAUGUGAAGAUGGUGACCUGUAUGACACAACCUGUGUAGAUUACUGUGGGAACAGAAGGUAUCCAGAGAAUGGGGAGUGUCACCCCUGCCACCCUUCCUGUCUGGGGUGUACUGGAGGGGAGAUCAACCAGUGUAUCCAGUGUAUCAAAGAUUAUGAAGGAGAGGACCACUUCUUGUACCAGGGCACCUGCCAUGUGACGUGUCCCCCUGGUCUGUAUGGUGACACCACAGACCAGGUGUGUAAGGCAUGCGCACCAGGCUGUAUCGCCUGUGAUGGCCCAGCUGACGACCAGUGCACGCUGUGUGAGGAAGAGAGAGCUCCGACCCAUGGAAGGUGUCAGAGUGAAGGCAGUGAGACAGAAGAGGCAGAAUGUGCAGUAGGAUGCCACUCUUGUGAAGAAGGCCCUGACAUAUGUGACAGUUGUGAUGAGGAUUACUACCUAACUGAGGAUAGCUGUGUAAGAAGAACAGACUGUCCGUCUUUCACAUACCCAGAUGACCAGGAUCGGGAGUGUCGCCCCUGUCAUGACAAUUGUGAGGCAUGUGACGGGCCAAACAAUCAAAAUUGUAACUCCUGUAAAGAGGGAUUCUAUAAGACACCAGAUGGCUGCAGUACAGGCUGUCCAAAUAGGUACUACAAUGAUGAUACCAAUAAAGAGUGUAAACCAUGUGACUCCAGUUGCUUUACCUGCAGUGGCCCUGCAUCCUUCCACUGCCUCUCAUGUGCCGAUGAUGACUUUCUACAUGAAAGCAGCUGUCGCUCCACUUGUCCUGCUGGGUUCAUUGCUAAUGCAGAGUCCCAUGAGUGUGUGGAGUCUAGCUGUGAGCAGGACCAGUACUACAGCAGUGAGACAGGCAGGUGUGAGGACUGUCCCUACAACUGUAGGGCUUGUGACAAUGAUGGAGACUGCACAGCUUGUCAUCCAACCUGCAAGGAAUGUUCAGAUGAGUAUGACGACACGUGUACAGCCUGCAGUGAUGGCUUCGUGCUAACAGACGCCGAUUCGUGCGAGGCAGGUUGUCCCCCAGGACAGUUCCUCCAUCACGGCGAGUGUGACUCCUGUCACAGGGAGUGUAAGACAUGUGACGGGCCUCAUCAUGACAACUGUCUGUCAUGCCAGCCAGGAUCAUAUCUGAACGACCAGCAGUGCUCAACCCACUGUCCAGAAGGUACAUUUGAGGAGACGUAUGAAGAUGACAGUGGGGAGACGGUGCUACAGUGUCGCCUGUGUCACGUCAACUGUAAAACAUGUCACGGGGAAGGGGAGGAGGACUGUAUGGAAUGUGCCAAUGACAUCAAGUACAAACAAGAUGGAAGAUGUGUGACUGAAUGCCAGGAAGGGCACUAUCCUGACCUGACCAAUGAAUGCCAGCAGUGCUCCUCUGACUGUGAAACCUGUGAUGGCCCACGUAAUGACCAGUGUGUGACAUGCCCUUACAACUACUACCUGGUGCAGGGCAAGUGCCUGGAGGACUGUCCUGAAGGGUAUUAUGACACAAUGAGGCAGGAGAAGGAAUGUGGAGAGUGUCACCCCUCCUGUGCCACCUGCAAUGAGGGGGGUAACUACAACUGCCUGUCAUGCCCAUAUGGAUCUAAGCUUGGGGAAGGUGUCUGUUACCCGAUGUGUGAGGAACAUGAAUACUACGUCGAGAAUACUCAGAGAUGUGAAGAGUGUGAUGAUUCCUGCAAGACCUGCCGUGGUAGCACAGCCCAUGACUGCCUCUCCUGCGAAGCCCCAUAUGGAUACCACGCUAUGAAACACCUCUGUACGGCCUGCUGCGAGGAAGGAUCUCCUGAGAAUGAGUACUGCUGCAUCUGUCACGAGUCCACACGAUUGUGUAUCACAGAUAGGGAAGCAGAGGGUGUGCAGUUCUCAUCAGCCGACAGCAUACCCACCAACGUGGCAUACAUCGCUGUGGCAACCUUCAUCUGUGUGGUCAUAGUUGUCCUGUUCUUUGUGGUUUUCGGCUUGUUACAAGCACGCAGCAGCGGGAGACUGUGCUGGGCACACAAGUACCAACAGGUCCCCACUACCAGGUAUGAGAAGAUGAACGACCAUGUGAACAUCCUGUCUCAGGAAGACUUCUAUAACGAGGACUCCCUAUCAGAGGAUGAAAUACACAGCAUUGUCCCGUCUAGACAUUAACACUCAGUCUUGUCUUCUACAGUCCCUUUUGCUAGUUAUGGAGUAUUUUGCAAACUGAAACAUUGAAGUUGAAGACUAGUCAUUUAAGGCUUCAAUUCUUUUUUCCAACCAUGUUGUUCAACAUGUACAUGUAUCUAUCACCAGUAAAGGUGAAUCUAUAUGCAUCUGUGAGCAAUUAUUUACCAUACCUAAGUGUUCCUGACAGAAGCAAUGUAUUCCUGUUCUUUAUAAAUUCACAUCCCAUGCACUCUUCCCUUGUUUAUCUGCCAGAAAAUGUCAGGAAUGUGUUUUACCGUACUCUGAUAAGCCACAUAUUUGUGUGUGUAAUGUUAUUUAGCUACUUCUCAAGAUAGAGCAGAGCUGAUAGUGAUGAGUACUGCUGAAUGGAAAAAAGAUAAGAAAUCUAAGAAAAAGAGAAGAAAAAGUUUUUGGUGCUAAAACAAUAUUGAGGUACAUAACAACAUAACAGUGAAGUCUGGUCCAAAAGCAAUCAAAGAAGCAGGAAUCAG